AUGCUUGUCACUACUAAGGAGUCAAUGUACACUGACAAAAGCCUUCCAGCCAUAUGCCUUUCAUUUGGCGUGUUCCAGGACUACUACAGCAAUCGGGCUUCCCUCCCUCACAGCGACCUCUCGUCUUGGAUUGGCGUCCUCGCAACAGGCAUCGCCUACCUAGGCGCCCCGGCCGUCACAUACUGUUGCCAAAACUUCACGAUUCCUUGUCACUACUACAUAUACCCCGGUUGGAUCCUGUGCCUCGUCGGGCUCCUGAGCAGUGCCUUCUGCCGCGAUGUCAGAUCGCUGAUCGCCACGCAAGGGCUGCUGUUUGGCGUGGGCCUGCUCGUCGUCGAAAUGCCCACGCUCAUCAUCCUGAAUACGUGGUUCGUCGAGAGGCGCGGUCUCGCGUUCGGCCUACUCUGCGGGUUCACAGACCUCUUUGGCGUGGCUUGGGGGUUUCUGGCUAGCUCGCUCUUGAACCGUCUCGGCAUCAAGACUGCGUUCCUCGUUUUCACUGCCAUCUGUUUCGUCGUUCCCGGGGUUGGAAUCGUUUUCCUCCAGGAAAGGCCCUCUGUUGCUGAAGACUCGCGAUCUGAGACCGUGUCGGUCAAGGGGUUGACGGUCUCCACAGACGUUCUACAUGAGAGCACAUCAGCCAACAGCACCUUGCCGCCACGCCGUUAUUUUCACCGCGCCAGCUUCUACAUCUUUCUUGUGUCAAACCUUCUUCAAUCGUUUGCUUUCUACUUGCCGUUCAUCUACCUUCCCUCCUACACAACAGCGCUCGGGUACUCGGCAUCGACAGGCGCCGUUGUCCUCGCGAUUGCGAACGUCGCGCAGGUCUUUGGCGAAAUCGGAUUUGGCAGGCUUUCCGACAAGGUGAACAUCCACACGCUGGUGUUCUGUUCGGCUGCGGUGGCUUCUCUCGCGGCGUUUCUGAUCUGGGGCUUCGCCGAAUCUCUCGCAUCCUUGGUCGUCUUUGCGCUGCUUUUUGGAGGCUCCGCGAGCGGCUUUCUCACGCUGUGGCCCCGCAUGGGCACCAUGUUUGCCGAGCGCGAUGCCAGCAUGAUCUACAGUUUCAUGUCGCUGGGACGCGGAUUGGGCGUCAUUGCAUCGGGGCCGAUCAGCGCCGCAUUGCUGCGGGCAAAUGGCCACGUCGGAGACCAUGACGACGACGAUCGGGUAAGGCACCAUUAUCGGGGAGUCGUGCUCUUUGUGGGUUCUUGCAUGGCUGCUAGCGCGAUCCUGGGGCUUCUCGGGUGGACAUGGUCGUAUUUGAAAAGCAAACAUUUAAUCUCGCGCGGACGGGACGCAAGCGUAUAG